AUGAAUACAUUCAACGAUAACUCUGGUGAACCGGAGCAAGAUGCUAAUUCGGCACUGACCGAAUUAGACAAGGGCCUGAGAUCAGGAAAAGUUGGCGAACAAUGCGAAGCAAUAGUGCGUUUUCCGAGACUUUUCGAGAAAUACCCUUUUCCGAUUCUUAUUAAUUCAUCUUUUCUAAAACUUGCUGAUGUGUUUCGCAUGGGCAAUAACUUCUUAAGGUUGUGGGUUUUAAGAGUUUGCGAGCAAAGCGAGAAACAUUUAGAUAAGAUCUUGAACGUGGACGAGUUCCUGAGACGAGUGUUUAGUGUGUUACAUUCAAAUGACCCAGUUGCUCGAGCUUUGGCUUUACGAACAUUGGGAGCGGUAGCUGGGAUUAUACCAGAGAGACAAAAUGUGCAUCAUGCUAUACGUAGAGGGUUGGAAAGUCAUGACAAUGUGGAGGUAGAUGCUGCUAUUUAUGCCACAACUAGAUUUGCCGCCCAUUCCAAUACAUUUGCUGUGGCAAUGUGCAAUAAACUGUCUGAUAUGGUGGAGUGUGAAAGUACAGGAGCUGAGCGAAGAGCAAAACUUGUGAGAGCAUUAAGGACUGUACAUGGAGGAGCUGUACGUGCAGAAGGGGUGCUUAAAUUGCUACGGUCCCUGCUUGAAAGAUUUCCAUCUUCAAGUUCAGUGAGAGCAGCCAUUACUGCACUUACUGCUAUCGCUGCUGAUACGGUUGUCCACGUACCCGAUCAAGUGCAAUUACUGUUGAGCCUAGCUAUGAGCGAUCCUCGAUCAUCGGUGCGUCGUGCAGCCUUACUGGGCUUACGUAAGCUGGCCGAACAUGCAGCUUUAUGGUCAGAAGAAUCAAUACAAAACCUAGUGCGAGCUGCUACUGAAACGAAAGAUCCCGAUCAUACAAUGCUGUGCUUACAAGUUAUGCAGAUGUUAGUCAACUGCCCAGCUAUAUGUGCCUCGGCUGGCAGCCCACGCGUGGGAUCGCCGAGUGCGUUGCGUCAAUUCUGCUCCGAUGCUGCUCUCAGCGUUGACUUGCAUCAAGCAGCAAUAGCCGCCGACGUGCUGACGAGAAUUGUAGUGCACUGUUAUGAAGAAACCCUACCGGUGGAAGGAGCCGAUUUGAUGCUGGCACUCGAGUCACUAGUCAUUUCCACUGGUUACGAUGCAGAUCGGCACAUUAAGCCUCUACGGAUAGCACUGCGAUGUUUGGUGCAAUUAAGCACAGCAGAACCAGCGCUGUACGCGGAGAGGACAGCGGCUGUCGUGGGGGGACAACUAUCCAUUGUGCCAGGCGAAGAACCCGUCGGGGGGAAAGAGACAGAAGCCACUAAGGCCGCUGCGGUAACGGACAUGAGCUACGACGGCACCACUUUGGUCCUCAUAUGUACGGUGCUAUUACAAGAACGCGCUCGCGUCGCUCUCACUAUGAAGCUGAACGAUACCUGGAUGAAGAAAAUUUUGGACGCCGUCGCUGGAGCAGACGGCUGGACGAGAUAUAGAGUCGCUAGGGCCGCCCUAAGGUACGGGCACCACAGAGUAGCGGCGGCCAUUUUGAAGCGUCUGGCUGACGAAGCUCCCAGUGAGUCCGCUCAGCGGUGGCUCAUAGCCCUCUACAAAGCCGCCGCAGCCGAUGCUCAGUUAUUGGAAACCGGAAUAAGUGGCCUGGAAGACGCGAGCGCCGGAUGGGAGUCUUUCGGCGACGCCGGCCUAUCGACGGGCCGCGGAGGGGUGUGUUCAGCGGGGUGCGGGGGUUGCGCCGCAUGUUCCCCACUGGCCCCGGCCUGGGCUAGCGUCAGGGCCAAUGCCCUCAUGGCCCUGGCAAGAACUGCUGCGGCUGCUCGUGCCGUUUGCACGCAACCCCCACCGGCGAUUGCGCUCGCGCAUGCGCAGGCGGCCCGUGACCCCGCAGCGCGCGCGGGAGCGUGCGUUAGCGCACUUCGUCGUGCUGCUCGCGCCCUCAACGCCUUGGCCCUGAAGUAUGGGGCCAUCGCCCGCACCGCCUUCCACGCUCACCACUCGACGCAUAGACUCUUCAGCAUAUCACAAUACACUUACAGCCAACUAGCUCAGUUCUUGGAGCGCAUCACCAUGAGCCAAGUGGACAGACCGGAACUCACCAAUAAGGAGCUCAAACCCACCAAUUUGGAGGAGACGAUAGCUUUGGCGCCGUCGGUCGCUUUGGCCAACAUCUCCGCCAAACUGUUCGACAACCCGACGACGGCGUCCGGGAUUACACAUCGGCACUUGGAGGCAGUGUUGGCGGCAGUGCGAGCGUGCGCGGUGGGCGCAGUAUGGCCCCGGGACGUGUGCGAGGGGGGCGGGGCGGUGCCCCUGUGCCGCGUCUCCCUCAGCCCGCCGUGGCGGCCGCCCCCCGCGGAGCACGCUGCCACCCUCCCGGUCUCGCAUCGUCUGGCGCUGAACCUGGAAGGAGUUAUACUGCCGCCGCAUCGCAAUAAGAAGAAGCCGACCAGGCAAGUGAAGGGGGUUCAGAUAACCGUCACGGCCACACCGCAUCCGCGCACUAACGAAAAGACAGUGGAAUUGACGAACGUCCCUCCCGUGCUGAGCGCCGUGCAGACCGUGACGCCGAUUCGCGACUUCUUUUCGGCCCAGCAGCUCGUCAGCGUGACCGCGGCCGGCUUAUACACGGUGGCGGCCGAAGCCGCCUUCGUGGACGACAAGGGCGAACUGUGGAAUACGGGCCCGCGCUCGUCCAUCGUCAUAAAGGCCCACGACGAUCCCAGCACUAAGGGCACAACCCAAACCGCUCGCAGCCGCUUUUGA